AUGUUAAAUAUUGAGAAACCGGAGAGAACCGUUGGUCUUGAUGAAAAAUCGAUGACAUGGGGAAUGUUAAUUGACCAAUUUAUCUUGGUUCCUCUACAGGUAGAAGAAAUGCAUCAUCCUCUCUUUCUCAAAGUGGAAGAACUGGAAAUAGACUUCAAGUAUCAUAAAUUGUCAAACUGGGCAUUCUUUGUUCCAACGCUCAUUGAUUUAACAGCAAUCGUUCGAUUCAAAUGUUCAUGUGCAUUGAUUUGUCGAACUGAACCACAUAUGUUAGCACAAAUGACCAGUUUGCUUCAACAAAUGUGUAAUCUUUUAUCACUUGAUUUAUGUUCUCCAUAUUCAAACGACAUAUCAAGUUUAACUGCAGAAGAUGUUUGUUUGAUGACACCUUCUCAUGUUCGACAUUUAAUAGUACGAAUUCAAAGUUUGAGUGAAAUUAUAAUUGUUCUCGAACGGCUCGAGCAUUUAUCUGGUGCCAAAUUCUACUUUCGAGACACUUCAUCUACUCGUCCAAUUAUCAAAAUGCUUAAAGAGAAAAGAAAUGGUUCGUCGUAUCGAAUAAACCGUUUUACUUUGUAUGUUUGGCUCGGAAAGAAACAUUCAGCCCAGUAA